UCCAAUCUUGAGCAUACACUCCUGUGUUAAAAUGUAAUAAAAAGCCUUCUCUGACUUUGAGAGCAUGGUUUUGAAUCCAGAACUUCAGCCGGGCAAAUAGUCUGACUAAAUCCUCCACUGCCACCAGUUUAAAGUCUGCUGUGUGUCUUCCUCUCAGAGUCUCAUUGUGUCUUUGACUCCACGCCUCCGGCUGCUCUGAUGUGGACGGAAGAUCUCUCUCCUCACCUCCAGAGAAACAAACAGCUCCAGGACACUCUGCUGCAGAGGGAGGAGGAGCUGGCCAGGCUGCAGGAGGAGAACAACAAGCUCAGAGCAUUCCUCAAUUCCUCCUUUGUGAGAAACCUGGAACAAAAGGCAAAGAAACUAACUGCUGAUGGGAGGAGGAAGCUGAAGAGAAGCCUGGCUUGCUUUGACAGUUUCUGUGGGGAUCAGCGAGCGCCCCCCCAACAAAUCAGCAAAAGAGUCUGCAGGAACCUCACUGCCCAGUUCUGCUCGGAGUCUUUAGAGACAUCUGCUUGCUCAGAACCAAACCUGGACCUCUGGGUCCUUCGAACUCUGGGACUGAAGGAUCGGGACACCAUCGAUACAUCCGAGGAGUCCUCCUCUGAGUGGAGCCUCAGGAGUUUGGUUUACGAUACUGCCGUCAAUCCAUCCUCAUUCCCAGAAUGCAAUCCCAACUCUUCUUUCGGCCCUCCUGUCAUCAUAUCCACAGAUACUUCAGUCCACAGUUACUGUCAAAGAGCAACACAUGGAACCAGCUGUAGGUACAGUGCUGCUGAAUGCCAAGAAGCAAACUGUGAAAAUCCUCCUGAGUCAGCUUCAAACUGCCCAGACGACUUCACUGCCACUCGAGUGAGCACACAUUACGAGUUUCCUGAAGCCACGACCAGGACCUACAGCGCCCCGUCUGCUGAGACCUGUUCUCUCACUGCCUUCAGUCAAGUCCAGACUUUGGAGGGAAAUCCUGCUGACCAUCACUCUUACUGGUCUUCACUACAAGAAACCCAGACACCAUCACAACACACGAUCCAGUUCAACCCACCAGCGGAAAGAGUCUUCCCCACCCCCGUGUUGCCUUCAGGUGCAGACCAACCCAGGAGUUCUGCUAGUGGCUUCAUUCCAACGAGCCCAUGUCAUCCUCCGGCAGCACCACAUACGCCUCGCAACCGGACAGAUUUGGCAUUCAGCAUGUCCCUCAGUCCGUCCAGCAGCGUCAAGACCCACAGCUUCCCCCAGGGACAGGCCUUUGUCAGAAAGGACGUGGAGGGCCGGUGGAACUUUACCUGGGUUCCCAGACAAGAACCGUAGGAAACCAGAUGGUCCUUACUCUGAAAGACAAUCAAAAGCCUCACGUUGUCUUACUGCAUAAACAUCUCAGGCUGAUCCUUUAGAACAGCAAGUUCAAGUGGACUCACUAUGGCUUUUAGACAAUGUUCUGGACUGAGUAUCAAAAAAUGCCUUGAAGGACCCUAAGAUUAAUUUUGAAGACCACACGGACAGAUGUUUAAACAGCUCAGAGACCUUUGUCCUAUGACAGCUUGAAGGAAACACCUCUUUAAGUCGCCUUUAUGAUGCCUAUAUUAAUGACGGUUACUUGAUUGCAUUCUGUUUACUCAAUAAUCCAAAAGCUAAGAGUACAGUAGCAACUGGAAAAGAAAAACACGAGC